AUGCCCCUCACAGCGACGCUCGACGCUCUUAUCCUCUCCUCCACCUCCAAACCCAACGGCAUACCCGGUCUCUCCCUCAACAUCGUCCGUUCCUCCCAAUCACUGUACACCGGUGCCUUCGGCCUGCGAGAUCCUACCUGGCCCGAUGACCCCUGGACGGAAGAUACCGUCGUGUGGAUGGCGAGUAUGACCAAGGUUGUUACGGCUGUUGCGGUGCUUAUCGCUGUUGAGCGAGGGUUGGUAGGGUUGGAUGAUGAUCUCUGCCAGACGGUGCCGGGGUUGACGAACUUGAUAAACGACCGCUCCCAGCCCUGUUCAUCAGGGGAUACCCCCACCGCCCCAAAACCCAUCACCCUCCGGCACCUGCUUACCCAUUCCACCGGGCUGGUCUACAGCGCCCACUACCCGCAUGCGCAGGCCAUCGAACGCCAGCCAAAGGUGGUAGGCGACACACGCGGGGCACUCGGGCCGUUCUGGUUCGAACCAAGCGAAGAAUGGCAUUACGGAAUGGGAGUGGACUGUGCCGCCGUUGCGCUUGAAGAGCUCACAGGACAGAAUCUGGGAGAUUUCAUGGCCGAACAUCUGUUCCUUCCCCUGGGGAUGGACAGCACCUCCUUCGACCUCACACCGUCCAUGAUCCAGCGGAAAGCGUCGCCCUACACGCGCUUGCCGAACGGGAACGUCGUCCCCAACGCGAGCGAGUACUGGAGGUUUGAGGUCACCCAGUCUUCGGGAGGGGGAGGGCUGUGGAGUACUGCUAAGGAUUAUGGAAGGUUCUUUCAGAUGAUCCUCAGGGGUGGGACGGCGGAGGAUGGAACGAGGAUUAUCGGACAGGAGACACUUAGGAUGGGCAUGCGCGGUCAGUUGAAGGAGAGGGAAAAGGAGAGCAUCAACAAGAUGCACCGGAAGGAUCAUAGUCUUCUGGGGAUGGUGUUCGACGAAGACCUGCCCACGGGCCGGUCAAAGGGCACUGUACAGUGGGACGGGUCAUCCAGUUGUUACUGGUGGAUUGACAGGGAGAAAGACGUCGCCCUAGCGCUGUGUACGCAGAUUACACCGUCUGAUGAUCCAGAGGUGCAGAAAUUGUUGAAAGAGGUCGAUGUAGAACUGUACAAGUCGCUGUGA